AUGAAUCCCAAUGAAAGCUUUUUAUCUACAGUAUCAACAGCUAAUCCUAGCGCAUCGGUGAUGGCCCGAGUAGUUGCCAAUGUGGUAGAUAUGCAACAACAUCUUGUUAACCAGUAUCAGACUGUUGUCAAUUCGAUGGAGUCCUUGAAGAACGAGUUACACACAUGUACGCAAUCAUUGCGAGAAGAUUUGAGACGAACUGACGACCGAGCUCAAAAGCAGGUUGACGAUCUACGAGCUACUCAUGCUAACGAAGUGGAACGUUUGAUGGACUUGAUCAAGACUUUGCUCAUAAAAGAUACGGCAGCUGCCGCGCAUGCACCUCCUAAAGCUGCCGAACAGCCACGAACACCCGCUCAGAUUGCAUACGCAAAUGCUGCACCAGCUGGCACUUUCUUUGGAGCUUCCGCCGCUGUACCCAACGAUCUUACUGCACAUGCACAAUAUAUGGCCUACUAUAUGCAACAAUUACAAGAACAACAGAGAUUGCGCACGAUGGGUGCUCCGAGUGGAUUUUUUGGAAGUCAGGCUGGCGUUGGUAUGGGUGCCAUGGGAAUUCCUGGAGCUGUCCCACAAAGCCAGCACCCGAUGGUUCCUGUAGCAGCCACUGUUCCUACUGUACCGAAACCGCCUACUGUAGCCCCUCCGAUUGCAGCUGUACCACCAGUAGCUGUCACCACUUCAGCUUCGAUUUCUAUACCUGCUGCUACAGUUGUGCCUACUGCUGUACCAGCAACCACUAGCACUCCUUCGGUGUCUACAGCUUCCACUACUGCUGCUGCCACGUCUCUUUCAGCUUUAUCAAGCCUGUUACCAACUUCCAAGACGGGAGCCGCUACUGCAACUGUUCAGCCUAAAGUAGAACCUGCCAAGACUGAGGCCACACCACCCAAGCCAGCAUUCUCUUUCAUCACUCCAAAACCUGCGACUACUCCAGUAACAUCGGAGUCUAAACCUGUUGCCUCCAUUUUUUCUGGUGUGAAGCAAACGGAGAACAUUUUUGCAAAAACUCCGGAAUCGAAGACGGUCAUCAAGAAAGAGCAGGGCCAUGGAGAUGGUCAUGAUGAAGAGGAGCAUGAACAUGUUGACGAAUUUGAGCCACAAGUGGAUUUCAAGCCUGUAUGCCCUCUUCCAGAACUUGUGAAAGUAGUCACUGGUGAAGAAGAUGAGAAGGUGCUGUUUGAAGAACGCUGUAAAUUAUAUCGUUUUGCUGAUGAAACAAAGGAAUGGAAGGAACGUGGUACUGGAACUAUGAAAGUACUUGAAAACCCUAAAACGAACAAGUUCCGCAUUGUGAUGCGCAGAGAACAAGUCCAUAAAGUAUGCGCAAAUCAUCAACUCUUGGCGGGAAUGACCAUCCAACAGAUGCCUCGCCAAGAAAAAGCAAUGAUGUGGUACUGCGAAGAUUUUUCGGAAGAAGAAAAGAGCCACGAAAAGCUCUCUGCACGUUUCGCCAGCGUUGAGAUUGCUAAUAAGUUCAAAGACGUCUUCGAAAAUGCUGUCAAGAAAGCUAGCCAUGGCACUCCUGUCAAACCCACAGUGAAAUCGGAAGCCAAUAAAUCUGAUGAGAAAGUGGCGAAAGAAAAGGAAGAGACCAGCAAAGGCGAUUCAAAGGUUGCUGAAGUGAAAGCAGAUGAGAAAAAAGGCGAAAGCGCGUCCGGAGUUCCAGUAACGCAGAAAGGAUAUGGUGAUCAGUUCAAGUUGCAAGCUGGACAGUGGGAAUGCCCAGAAUGUUACUCGAGAACGGACGCCGAUAAGUGUCCAUGUUGCGGAGCACCAAAGGGAGGAGAAAAAGCGGCAACUCCUGCUACUAAGUCGGUCUUACCUGCUUCUACCAUUCCUCUUGGUGGAACAACUGGUGCUGCAGCACAACAAAAGUUCACUUUUGGUUUGAGCGCCGCAGCAGCAGCAAAAGAUUCGCCAGCGUCGGCAUCGAGUACUCCAAAGUCGUCUUUGUUUGGGGCUUCGUUGGCUACAAGUACUUCCGGAUCCACUCCCACUACUGGUUUCACUUUUGGAUCAAAGCCAUCUAUUUUUGGUGGUGCUACUACCAAAUCGGAAGGAUCUACGCUGCCCACAUUUUCGUUUGCUAAAAAACCCGAUGCAGCUUCGACUGUUACAUCCACAUCAUCGUCUACUACUUCCGCUCCCAGUCCUGUAACCUUUUCAUUCAAGCAAGCCGGAUCUGCUGCUUCUUCUCCAGGCACAGGCAGCUCCCUUUUUGGUGGCAGUAAACUUUUUGGCACAUCCAAGCCCGCGGAAGAAAAGAAGGAUGCGGAUAAGUCGGCGGAACAACCAAAGACUGAGCAAAAGAUAUUCGGAAGUGGCUUCAGUGGCAAUCUUACAUUCGCCAGCUUAGCUAAAUCUUCUAGUGGCUCAAUCUUUGACAGUGCACAUACUCAGAAAGCCCAAGCCGAGUUUGCGGCACAGGCCAAGAGCAAGCUAGCAGCUGUAUCCGAUCAGAAGGAUAAAGAAAAGGGAGAGAAUAAAGAAAAAGCGGGUAAGGGAGGCAAGGAAGAUGGAGAAACGGAGCAUGGAGCUGACGAGGAGUACGAGCCAGACGUGCAGUUUGCCCCCGUCAUUCCGCUCCCUGAUUUGGUAGAUGUUGUAACUGGUGAAGAAGAGGAGGAGGUUAUUUUCACCGCUCGCGCAAAGCUCUUCCGUUUCAUCAAGGAGACUAAGGAGAACAAGGAACGCGGUGUUGGUGAUUUGAAGAUUUUGCGUAACCCCAAGACCAAAUGUCAUCGUGUGGUUAUGCGCCGUGAACAAGUGUAUAAAGUUUGCGCGAAUUUUGCCAUCCUGCCGUCUAUCGAGUUGAAUGAGAAAAAAGGAAUGCCAAACGUUUACAACUGGGUCUGCCGGGAUUACUCGGAGUCACCUGAGGGCACGGAUGAGAUAUUCACAGCUAAGUUCAAGACCGCUGAAAUUGCAAAAGAGUUUCAUGAUAAGUUUAUCGCUGCUGCUGCUACGCAUCCGGGUGCUUCCAAGUAAUGCGAGCUUCAAGUGCACUGUGUUCGCAAGUGGGUCCUAUCGCUCUUGUUCAUGUUUAUAAACUUUUGAUCUGACUAUUGCCUUCCUUAACUAUCAUUUCCUAAAUCGGUGUUUUGAUUUACAGUCAGCAUUGCGAGAAUUGUAACUUGGUGAUGCAACAUUAUCGUUUUGAAUAAAGUUUGAUUAAAAUUGUGAA